UUUGCAUAUAUGUAUUUAGGUACUGUAAGCUUACUUCUAUAAGUUAUCCAAGUGAAAUUCUUUCUGUUUGAAAUACUGUUAACAUAUUUUACAAUUAAUAGUGUAUAUAUGUGUACAUUUCAUAAAAAUAAAACCAAAGGGAUCAUAACAAUCCAAUAUGAAUAAAACACCUGUGUCUAUUUUACAAGAAAUGAUGGUGAAAAAACACACAGUACCUAAUUAUGAACUUAUACAUGAUGGUGGAGGUACUCACAUGAAUACUUUUACGUACAAAGUAAUUUGUGAUGGCCUUACUGCAACUGGCACAGGACGUUCUAAAAAAGAUGCUAAACACGAAGCAGCAAAAGCAAUGCUAGAAACUAUUGCAGCACAUAGAGGUUAUCCACAGUUACCAGCAUCUCCAGCGCAAUCACCUGUUAGAACACCUUUGCCUCCACAAGUUCCUGAAGUACCAAGAAUUCCACCAACUGAACCAUUUGUUAAUGCUAUUGGUGCUUUACAAGAUUUGUGUGCAGAAAAUAAUUUGCAAGAACCUUUAUAUGUACCAAUUAGCGAUGUUGGACCCCCACAUGCAAAGAUUUUUACUAUUCAAUGUGAAGUAUCAACAUUUAAAGAAAUUGGAGUUGCUAAGACAAAAAAGCAAGCGAAACAGGAAGCUGCUAAAAAAAUGUUGGACAAAAUAAGUGAUUUAGUGGCAAAUCAAGAUGAAAAUUUGUCUGAAGAAAAUGAUGAUACUACUAAGAAGGAAAAUAUUGCUAAUGAACUUGCAAAAGCUCGUUAUCCCUUAUUAUCAAGGUUACCAACAAAAAAAGUAAAUUUAGGUGUUAAGUUAUCGGAGUAUCAUAUCAAACUAAAAAAUAGUUUCCCUAGUGAUAUUUAUACUGACUUAAUUGAGAAAUUAGAAUCCUUUAUUCCUAAAGAUAAAAGUAAUGUUUCUGAGGAAUAUGUAGAAACAUUAUUAAGCGAAUUCUCAGAAUUCUUAUCAACUUUAGGUCUAAAUAUUUCAAAUGUGACUUUAGAGUCUAACAAAGCAGAUAAUCACGUUGUACUUAUGAAAAUAAAUACUUUUCCUGAAAUUACCCAAAUUUCAUGUGCAGAUACAGACACACAAGCUAGGUUUUUUGCAAUAAUAAACCUAAUUAAUACCAUGUUAUUUUUGUUGAAGUAGAUGUAAGUUUUUAUACCAACAGGAUAGUGUCAUAAUAAUUUUAUAAAUUGUGUCUUUUAUACAGUUAACACGUUGAAUACUAUGCAGCUCACUAGUAACUAAUAUUUGAUUUGCCAGUAACGUCAAGGGGCUAAUUGCUGAUCGACGAUACAGAUCUUUGUAAAAUCAAAUUAGUGAUAAUGUUUAUAAAAUUGUCUGUAUUGUUAAUGUUGAUAAACGCGAACAGAAUGUAUCUGUACAAUCUGUUUAGACUUUUUAGUUUAAUUCUUUUAUUGGUGAUAAAAAAAGAAGUUGGUACAGGGUCAUUGGUGACUUUCCAUCAGAAACGUGCAUAAACUCUGAUACGACAUUUUUACUCGAUUGAUUUAUAUAAUAUUUCAUCGUAAUGAUCAUAGAGUUAUUCAACGUGUUGAAUGCAACUUACGAAAGUUAUCAAAUUUGUUUAUAUUGUAAAAGUACCAAAAUCACAAAUAAUAAGUUAAAUAUAAUUUCUGUUAUGAACGAUAAUAAUAAAUAUAAGUAAUUAAAAGUUAAUUUUGUAGUGACAUAAUACGAUAUCAACAAGUAUUUAUUUAAUUUUUUAU